AUGAAGGGAACGUACGUAGCGCCGACAAACACAGACAUAGAAGCGAAGAAGCACGAGUACGCUCUCGUAGGCGUAAGAAUCCUAUCAAUAAUUGCAACCGCAACGUAUGUCUUACUUUUCAACUUCCUAAUAAACAACUUCUUAACAUUGGGGGAGGAAGAAAAGGAAAAUUAUGGCAUAAAAGAUGAGGAAAAAAACAUCCUGAAGGAUGACGAAAUUUUUACUAAUUAUUACAAAGCAUAUAGCAUAAUCAACAUUGUUUGUGGCUGCUUCCUAAUUCUUCUGAAUUUGUUGAAAAUAUUUUCAAGUUUUCGAGUAAAAUGUUUUUCAAUAAAUUUAUUUAACUGCAAGAAGUACAUAAGGUUCAUCAGCCUCCAUUUGGACAUAUUAUUUAUAUGUACCAUUUUUCUGCAAAACUUGGAAAAUCGAACUUUUUUCUGUAACAUCGAGAAUUAUAUGUACUGGUUUGAAGACUACAAUAAGCAGGGUUUGUUUCUCAACGCAGGACGUAAUUUAUGCAACAUGCAUAAUUAUGCAUUUGUAUUUCCAUCAAUUUUUAUAUUUCUCUCGAUGAUUGAAUUUAUCAACUUGUACUUGAAUACUGACAAAGCAUUUCGAAAAAAAUUCUGCCUAUUCUACAUAAAACUGUUUUCGGCAUAUUUAUACCUAGCAUUAUUUUAUAUAUUUAUAAAAACAAAAUCCUUUUUUAAAAAAAUUUUAUCAGAAUAUAAUGUUUACGAUUUGGACAAUUUUAGUGACACUGUUAAGAUAAUUAUUUAUUCAACUCAGAAACAUAAGAAUUAUUAUUUACACCUACUCAUCGUGAGCACCAUAAUUUCGGCCAUCCUGUUUUCCUUUUUGAGCUAUUACGAUUUGUAUGGAAUUUUAAGAUCAUGUAAAUUUUCCCUUCUUGUUAACAUUUUAACAAAUGCCUGCACAUUAAUUUUUGUACUUAGCCAAGUAUUAUAUUCCAGCUACUUACUUGAAGGAAACCUUUACUUCUGCUCUUAUGAGGAAUAUUUGCAGAUGACUCAGAUCCAUCAUGGCCACAAGAUUAUGAAUUCCAUUGCUCCAUCCAACACCACCGAAACCAAAUGGUUUUGCAACUUGAAUUCCUUUCUGUAUGUGUACUUAUCAAAUAACUUUAUCUGUUUGUUCACCUUCAUUGCGGAUCUUAUACUCUCCAUCUACAUGGUCUUUUCAGCCAAGUACGCCUCGAAGGCGGUGUGA